AACAGCUUGUCUUCAUGCUCCAGAUCAUUUUUAGACCCCUAACCUUGACAAUCCAGUGAGAUAAUUGUAACUUGAACUCAACAUGGAUCUGCUUAUGUUUAUUUAUGUGGCUGUAAUUCCAGUAAUAUCUGACGGGUUAACUGUGCAUGGUUCCUUUAGUGAUCUGGUUGUUCCUCUGGGAUCUUCAGUGGUUUUGCCCUGUUAUGUUGAUAAACCUUUACCAAUGGAGGAUCUGGAGGUGGAAUGGAGAAGAACAGACUCAGAGACUCUGGUUCAUCUGUAUCAAGAUGGUGAGAGUCGACCAGAGGCCCAACAGCAGGAUUAUCAUGAUAGAGCUCAUUUCUUUACUGAUCAGAUUCAACAUGGAAACUUCUCCCUCCUGCUGGACAAUCUGAGAGCUGAAGAUGAGGGAGAAUACACAUGUAGAGUUUACAGUCAGCAGGAUUAUGGAGAGACUGUGGUUCAAAUAAAACAUGUUGAUCUCUUUAGAGUAUCAGGCUCAGAUGAGUCCAUAUCUGCAUCUGUGGGUGAGGACGUCACUCUGAACUGCUUUGUAGACUCUCACAUCAUAUCUGAACAAAUUGAAGAGGUUUCAUGGAAGAAAUCUGACAAAGACGGAGAUAUUCUGGUUUUGCUCUACCAAAACAAUGAGACUUUACCAGAUUCAUCAGAUGAGCGAUACAGAAACAGAGUUGAGUUCUUCACUGAUGAAAUCCGCAAAGGAAACUUCUCUCUACGACUGAAGAGAGUCAGAACAGAGGAUAAAGGUGUUUACCUGUGUCAAGUUAAGGCUGGAGGUUUAUCAGCCAAUAUAACUGCAAUACUGGAGCAACUGGGUGAGUUGUGUUGUUACAUAUAAAUUUGAAGUCAAUUAAAGGAGCUAUAUGUAAAACUGACAGCAAUCAGUUAAAAUAACUA